AUGAGACCAGCAUACACGACAGAUCCCCGGCAUCCCGGGGAGAAACGCCUGCCGGGAUGUGGAUGGUUUCCGAACAGAAUCCGCAUCAUGUUUAUCAGCAUGCUUGGCGAGUUUGUUGGCACUUCCUUGUUCCUGUUCUUCGCCUUCGCUGGUACCCAGGUUGCAAACAUGCUUGCUGCCGGCCCUAGCUCUCCUCCCGGCACCUCAGCCCUACUCUACAUCGCGCUUGCUUUUGGCUUCUCCUUGACAGUCAAUGUCUGGAUCUUCUUCCGUAUCAGUGGAGGUCUCUUCAAUCCUGCUGUGACAGUGGCCCUUGCCUUGGUUGGAGCUAUCGGAUGGCUCAAGGCGGGUCUGCUCAUCGUUUCACAAAUACUGGCUGGGAUUUCCGCUGCUGGAAUCGUGUCUGCGCUGUUUCCUGGCCCCCUCGCCGUUCGAACUACGCUUCACAGCGACACUUCCAUUGUUCGCGGACUGUUCAUCGAGAUGCUACUCACAGCUGAGCUCAUCUUCACGAUCUUCAUGUUAGCAGCCGAGAAACAUAAGGCCACUUUUCUCGCACCGAUUGGGAUUGGACUAGCUCUGUUUAUUGCUGAGUUGGCUGGCGUCUACUUCACUGGAGGGUCACUCAAUCCAGCCCGCUCUUUCGGCCCUGAUGUCAUCCUCCACACAUUCAAUGGCUACCACUGGAUCUACUGGAUCGGCCCGUUAUUAGGUGCGAUUGUGGCCGUUAUCUUUUACCGCUUGAUUAAGGUUCUUGAAUACGAGACAGCCAAUCCCGGCGCUGAUGCCGAUGGUCAAGGACCUCGCUACAUUGACGACCCUAUCGACGAGACCGGACGCUCCAGUAAGUAG